AUUGCUUCAGCAGACAUGGAUUUGAAUCAGCUGGAGGCUUUUCUCACUGCCCAAACCAAAAAACAAGGUGGCAUAACGUCAGAUCAAGCUGCAGUCAUUGCAAAAUUUUGGAAGAACCACAGAAUAAAGAUCCACGAGAACCUGAUCAAUCAAAGCCGUUGGGAUAAUGUCUUGAAAAACAUGAAUUGGCGAGUGGAUCUGAAGUCACAGUCAAGACACAUCGAUCAGAUAAACACUCCUGUUGCAAUAGUUGAAAUGGAACUGGGGAAAAAUGGGCAGGAAUCGGAGUUUCUCUGUCUGGAGUUUGAUGAGGCCAAGGUGAGCCAGAUGCUGAAGAAACUCUCGGAAAUAGAGGAGAGCAUGACUUUGUUGACUCAGACCACUUAACGAAAUAAAGAGAUUGCAACUC